AUGCGGUGGUUGGAUCGUAAUGAAGACGACGGCCAGAUUAUCCGUGAGUUAGUUCCUGCUGGAGAGGGCCUGCGUCUCUUCAAUGUUAACUACCAGAUCGCAAUCAAGACAGGCAGCAUCAAUGGGGCCAGCUCUGACUCCAAGGUGUUUGUGAAGAUGUACGGGGAAAAGGGAGACACGUGCAAGAUGAUGCUGAUGGUCUCAGAAAAUGACCUCAGCAACUACUACGAGACAGCCCGCACUGACAUCUUCACAGUAGAAACCUUCGACAUUGGAACGAUCAACCGCUUCCUUAUUGGCCACACCAACGAAGGGCUGCGUGCUGGUUGGUUCCUGGACAGUGUUGUGAUCUCUGUCCCAGUCCACGGGAAGCAGUACAUGUUCCCCAGCCAUCGCUGGCUCUGCAAGGAUGAGUCAGACGGGAAGGUGGAGGUGGAAAUCUAUCCAAGUGAGAUCCUGGACAUCGAACGAAUGAUCAACUAUGAGGUGACCGUGACCACCGGGAACCUGCGAAAUGGAGGAACCAAUGCAAACGUCUACUGUCAGAUCUACGGGGAGGAGGGGAAAACAGAGGUUCUGGCUCUCAAGAACCGCUCCAACAAUUUUGAGCGUGGUACCACUGAGAUCUUCAAGGUGGAGGCCAUCGACGUAGGGAAGGUCUACAAGAUUCGUAUCGGCCACGACGGCAGCGGCAUCGGGGACGGCUGGUUCCUGGAGAUGGUGAACAUCAAGCGGCUGACCAUGGCCAUGGUGCAGGUGGAGGUGAAGGUGGAGCCCAAGAAGGACAAGAAGAAGGACAAAAAGAAGAAGAAGAAGGAGGAGGAAGUCAAGGUGGAGUACAUCGAAGAGCUGCAGGAGGUGGUGGAGACACUUGCGUUCCCGAGCAACCGCUGGCUGGCCCGGGACGAGGUGGACGGCGAGAUCGUAGCUGAGCUGCUGGCGGAGGGCACUGAAGACCUUGAUAUAAAUUCCUAUGAAAUCCAUGUGUUCACUGGGUCUCUGUGGGGGGCCGGGACGGACGCCAACGUGUACAUCACCAUCUACGGGGAGGUGGGGGACACGGGGGACCGCUGGCUCAGAAAGUCCAACAACUUGAACAAGUUUGAAAAGAACCAGGUGAGGUUUAACACAGUAGAAUGA